AUGGACGAGGAUCAAGGCCAGCUGUCCGUCUUCUUGGCCUUCCGCGAGAAAUGCGACGCGCUGGAAGCCGCGAUCCAAGCUUUAAGUUCCAGAGAUUCCGGUUCCGUUGCUGAAUCUGCACAGUCGGGGAUCAACGGCGGGGAUGCUAGUCAGCAAGUUGGCGAUGCAGGAAGCACUCAACGGUUCGGAUUGAAUGCGGAUCAAGAGGCGGUGGCAGCGCUGCGCGAGGUGGAGGAGCUCGUAGCGCACUUCGCGCCGUCGGUCCCGAGGCGCGACGUGGAGCAGAUGACGUCACGCGUGGCCGCGCUUCGCGCCAACCUGGAAUCAGCUCGAUCCGCCUCAAAGCCCAAGAAACGAUUCGCCUUUUCCUCUAGAGGGCAGAAGAAAACCUUGCCAGAAAAUAAAGACGUCCCUAAUUCUCAGAAAUCUCUCGAGCAGCCUAAAUCUCUCUCGUCGCUACAGGCAGUGGAUGGUUGUCAGGUGGAGCAGGAAGGGGAUCGGAGGAGAACGGGAAUGGUGCCAUGGUCCUCCGUCGUUGAGCCAACAGCGGCAUCAGGAGGAGCCGCGGCGUCCGCAGCAGCAGCAGCAGCAGCAGCGCGCGGAGAAGCAGCGCCAGGAACAGCAUCAUCCACAGCAGCAUGGUUGGGAGCAGCAGGAGAAUCCGAUGCAUCUGCCGGAGUUCCAUCCGCCAUCACACCAAUCAGCUCCGCGCGCCCCUCUCUCUCCAUCUCCCACCGCUCCCACGAGCACAUUCAGAUCUCACCGGAGCAGCACAGACGCGGCGAGCUCACGUCGCAGCACCUCUCCCACUGCCACGUGUCCGUCCGAGGCGUCCUCUCCGCCGUCUUCCUCCGCCACGUGCGCGACUGCCACGUCAGCCUCUGCCCGGUGUCAGGAGCCUGCCACGUGGAGGACGCGUCAGGCAGCACUGUAGCCGUCGCGAGUCAUCAGUUGAGGAUACACCAGACAGAGCGCGCUGAUUUCUAUGUCCGCACGCGCAGCAGGCCGCUUAUAGAGCACUCUAAGGGUGUCAGAUUCGCGCCUUAUAGUAGGGAGUAUGAUGGGUUGGAGGCGGAUUUGAAGGAUGCUGACCUGGCGGUGGAUGGAGGGCUGUGGGGCCACGUGGACGAUUUUGGUUGGCUGCGUGCUGUGCCGUCGCCGAAUUGGUCGGUUAUCCCUGAGGAAGAGAGGAAGAGCUUUACAGAGGCGUGA